CCCCUUUGAACAAAACUAAAAUUAUGCUGUAAAAGUAUUUUUCGCUCAAAGUACACCAUGCCAAAGGCAGGAAGCUGUUUAUUUGCAAUAGGGUAUUUCCUGUAUACAAGGACCCGGUUCGGAAGAUAUUACCAUGGGAAAGAUAUUGCUAAAGGGAAGGAAAAAUACAAUGAAGAUGGACAUACAGUCAUUGAGCCUACCAUGUUUGAUAAGCUGGAGAUAACACCAAUACCUGUUGCCCUGGACAACUAUGCCUAUAUUGUCAUGGAUACAGAAUCUAACACAUGUGUUGUGAUUGAUGUAGGGGAUGAAGAAGCUAUUAUGAGAUUUUUAGAUAAAAUGAAUGUAAUACCGGCAGCUGUUCUUACAACACAUAAACACUGGGAUCAUAGUGCCGGUAAUGCUGGUAUGAGAAAUCGAUAUCCAGGUUUGAAAGUGUAUGGUGGAUAUGGUGACAAUGUUCCUGAUGUCACUCAUACAUUAAUGGAUAUAGAAGAGGUGAAAUUUGGAGGGUUAAAUUUUACAGCCAUACACACACCAGGCCAUACAGUAGGUCAUGUUUCGUACCUUCUAGAUGGUCAGGCACUUGGAGCACCUGAUUGCCUGUUCUCUGGAGAUCACCUGUUUCUUGGUGGAUGUGGUAGAAUAUUUGAGACACCACCUUUGAGGAUGCUAAAAUCAUUGGAUGCCAUCAGUAGAUUAAAGAAAGAUACGUUAGUUUGGCCAGGACAUGAAUAUGCUGUGAACAAUUUAGAAUUUGCAUGCCAUAUAGAGCCUGACAAUGCCGAGGCUCAGGCAAGAUAUGAGUGGGCUAAGGCAAAACGGGAAAGGAGGCUAACAACUUGUCCAUCAACAAUAGGUGAAGAGUUAACGUAUAAUCCAUUUUUACGCACUGAUAAAGAUACUGUAAUGAAAAAAUUGACAAUUUGUGAUGUGUCUGAAGAUACAACAGUAUUGGUACCCCCUGAUGAUGAGCUAAGAGCUCAGGUGUUGGCGGAACUUAGAGAACAGAAAGACUCUUUCAAGUACAUUCAGUGAAAUUCUGAGAUACAUGUACUCGGACAUUUUAUUGCCUUUUAAAUAACAUUGUAUUUUUAUUGCAGCUGUAUGUCUGAAAUAGCCUUUUACAUGUAUUGUAUUUGAAGAUUUUUAAAUUCUCCUGCAGAGGAGACUGCUUUUAACAUAUCCUUAACUAUAAAAAUCCUUUAUUUGUUGAUGAUAAUAAACAGCUGUACUAGUCAAUCCAGGUUUGAUCAUAACAUAGAAAUACAUUGUCCAAAGGUCCAACAUUUCAUGUGUGGUAAAAAUAUGCAUACUUUUUAAGCAAACACAUGUUUUGAACAAAUCUAAUAUUACCCGGUUAUAGUGUUGAUAGAGGGUAAGGAGAAAAACAUGUCUAGUUAUUUUAAUGAGCAAUACCAGGCCAUCAUGACUUAAGUUUGCUUUUAUUGGCGAGUGUGUAGUUCUAGGCUCAAUGAUUAUUUUAAAGGCGCAGUGUAGCUGUUCAUGAGAUUUGUUAAGGUAUUUUUCUAAGAAUUUAUUCAAAUUCAUUACAUUAUAAUUCAAGUAUUUUUCAUUUAGGGAAAAAAAUGAUUUUUUAAUGAUUAUUUUUCCUGAUAUUUGAUAAUUUCUGACAUUGAUUUGACAAUUUCAGUAUUAGAACUUGUUUUAGGUAUCUUUUUAAAUUUGAAUUUCAAUCAACAGUGUGGACAUUCACAUUCACAAAUCAUUUAUUUUGUAAUAUAAAUAAAGUAGAACUUCCUGUAUACCUGUGUUAAUAUGUGAAUUAAAUGACCACCAUUUACUGUAAAACAGUGUGAUAUACAUAUAUGUGUACAAUUGCUUUAGUGAAAAAAUGCUUCUCUAAGCUUUUGAAAAUUCUUCCUUUUUAGAUAGUAAUUGACAUUAUAUGUAACUUUUUUAUAUAGAUAGAUGUAAAUCUAUACAAUAUCAAGUUAAAUAUUCUUAUUGGUGUAUAUCAUCUUUAAAAUAUACAUGUUGUUUUAUGCUAUAUUUGCUGCAUUUGCCAAUUAACUUUAACAUAUGAUCAUUUCUAGGAAACAUAAUAGGUAUAUACCAAUAUUAAGUGAGGAAAUUAUACUUGUCCACUAAUACAUGUGAUAUAAAGUAGAGUUGACACUCAUUUUGUGUAUAUCCACCUAGUUUAUGGAAGGUUACUGGUUCCCCUCAAGUGUCUACUCAUGUCUGAAAAUAUGAAUGGAGGGAUACUUGAGGUCAAAUGUAAAAUGUUUUAAAUUGAUGUUGUCAAAACUUGGCAUUGUUUUUUUCUUCCAGAAAGUGAAUUUUUCUAUAUUUUUGCAUAUUCAUGAAUUCGUGUCAUUGACAGUUUGGAAAUCUGAAGUGUCAAUGAAGAAAACAAUGUAAAAUGCAGGUAUCAGAAACAAAUUUGACUGUCAGUUUUGCCAAUAUAUAACUAUGGCAGAUCUGUAGAAAAUAACGGUUUAGUUUUAUAAGAUGUGAGAUGAUAUUUGUUCACUUACUUAUAUCUUAAUAUAAGGUAUUAUGAAAAAUAUAAUUUCACUAUGCAAACAUGGUAUUGUUUGCAUACAUUUCCCUUAAAAUAUAAAAACAUAUUUUUUUAAAUAUAAUCAUUAUACUCUAUGUCAAAUAGUGUAUUAUUGUAAAGCCUUUAUCUUUGCUAUUGAAAUAAACAUUAAUUAUAAUAAAGAUCAUUUGGUAAGAAUUUACUACAUUGCCAAUUUCUAAAUAUUAUCCAACUUUGGGCAAACAAUUUAUUCACGAUUACUAUAAAUUUGAAAGGAAAUUGAUUUUCAAGUAUUAAUGAAAAUUAAUCUAAUACAAAUGAAACCAGCUUUACAGUAUCAUAUAACAAGAUGGUUAGAUUCUUCAAAUGAUAACAUCAGGUUCUUGAUCUUGAUAAAAUUUAUAUGUAAAUUUCUGCUGGAAGGAAAGUAUAACUUUCUGCUGGAAGGAAAGUUAAAGUGUGUUUCUUGUUUAAUUGAAAGUUGUUAAUUUUUCAUCCUAUUGUCCAUUCCAUGUUGUUUUUUAUUAAUCAAUAUUUAGAGAUUGAUGCCACGUUUUAAAUCUGUUUUAAUGGUUUUCUCUUCUUUUUUUCCAUUGUUUUCAUGUAUAUAUUGAAAUUUAACAUUGU